ACACCUGUGGUCUUAUCCCCAGGCUCCUCACUGUUAGAAAAAAAUGGCGGCACGUAUCCGUUGCUAUGAAUUACGAACAGAAAAAAUAAUUUUGUUUUUGCUACCGUAGAAAAGAAAUCUAUCAAGUUUUUCGUUUCUUUGCCCAUUAUUUUAUAAAAAAACUUACUAAGAAGAAGUUUUGGACGAAGCAAAAGGUUUAGUGUGCUGAAAUUCUCAGGGUUGUUGACUACAACAACAAAUAGCUGAGCAACACAACACAUAACGAAGAGAUCGACGAGGGAACUGGGAUGGUUUUGCUACAGAAAUAUCUUAGAGACCCGAGCAUGCAUCGCAAGAUUGAUCGAAGACUGAUAUGAUUCUAUACAAACACGAUGGGGACACUGCUUUUACGCAUCUGACAGAUUAUAAACAAACAAACACUUUUUGUAGUAAUAACUUAAACAAUUAUAAAUCAACAAACAGUAGAACUUAAUCAUGGAGUUUGCAUUUGACAUCAACGAGCUGCUGCCAGACGACAUUACUUUGGUUGACGAGAAAGUGGCACCAUUUCGUGGGAAACAUACUCGAGACCGAUUUGAGUUCUCUACCAAGCAAGCAGAGCUGAAGAAAGUGAUUGAUAUGAUGGGAGAAGCAUCUUCAAGAGCACAGGGCUUGCGUUCUCCUAUCACUAGUGCCAUGAAGCUUUCCCAUUCAGAUCACAAACUUUACAUAUCCAAGGAUGCGUCUGCUAACAGUGGCAAAGGUGCAGUGGUUGGUCUAAUCAAGAUUGGCUACAAAAGGCUGUUCCUUCUGGAUUACCAAGGCAAUCAGCAUGAAGUCAACCCUCUAUGUGUGCUGGAUUUUUAUGUACAUGAAUCACGGCAGCGGAAGGGGUGUGGCAAGUCUUUGUUCCAGCAUUUCCUAAAGAUGGAGGGCAUUGAGCCGCACAUGCUGGCUAUUGAUAGACCGUCACCAAAGUUUCUCUCCUUCUUGAAAAAACAUUAUAACCUGGACAAAUCCAUACCACAGGUCAACAACUUUGUGGUCUUUGUUGAAUUCUUUAGGGACUUACAAGCCGUAAACCAGGCCCAAAAAAGAAACCAACAGACUUCAAGUGGACGUGGAAGACCCCCUGUACACCCAUACAAGCGGAAUGGUUUUCAAAAUGAGUACUUGCUGCAAAGACGCCAAAACCUCGAGCGCGCCGGCGCAAACAGCCGACAGGAGUCAGCGGGUGCAACCCAUCGCUCGACAACCACGGACACUGUGCAGCGCGAAAGCGAGGCUUUCAAGGAUAUCACGCUACCGUCAAUAGUCCCCAGACCCCCGGGACGUCACUCGGCCUCAAGAUCCCGGGAGUCAUCAGCAGGCUCAGGGAGAUGGGUGCUACAAAACAGCUUGAACCCACAACCGACGCCACCGCUUGACGCGUUCAACGCAGCACGGGGUUGCGCCGCGCGUGCAACCUCCUACAGUCGACACUCACUCUCUAGGGAGGGGUCGGGGACCUCAUUGACGGGUCGGCGUGCCAAGCAAGACUCCAUGGGAGGGGAGGCUGGGGCUGGGAAUGUCGUUGCAGGGGGGAGCGGAGGGAAGAGACGCACACUACAUAUGACUUCCUCCGGAAACCCAUUCUAUGUAGGAACCUCGACGGUUGAGCCCAAGGAUAGAAGGCUCAGCCCUACCAUGGUAACGGAUCAGAAUGCGAAGACCCCCUCCCCUAAGAGUUUAUUAGCGGACAGUCCCUCACCUAGUACUGUGGAUCCACGGUUCAUAUCGCCCAGCGGCAACUACUCGGUGUCCCGGAUGUACGACACAUAUUACGGGAAGAAGCCCUCGUUUGGAGGAACUGGCUGGAACAUAUUCGGGGUAUCAGGCUCGACUAGCAACAACUCUCUGAGUAAACCGCAGCCGAGGACAUUUCCGUUCUGAUAGCGAUAGGGUCCUUGGACAUGUCCGAACUAAUAGGACUAGGGUCAGUGGACAUGUCCGAACUUAUAAGGGUAGGGUCCGUGGACUUGUCUGAACUGAUAGUGGUUGGGUCCGAGGACAUUUCCUUACUGAUAGGGGUAGGGUCCGUGGACAUGUCCGGACUAAUAGAAGUAGGGUACGUGGACAUGUCCAAACUGAUAGGGGAAGGGGCCGAGGAGAUUUCCUUACUGAUAGGGGUAGGGUCCGAGGACAUGUCCGAACAGAUAGUAGUAGGGUCCGAGGACAUGUCCGAACAGAUAGGGGUAGGGUCCGUGGACAUUUCCCUACCUCUUGCCAGUGAUAUACAGUCGAGUGCCGGACACUAGUUGAAAUUAUAAAAACAUAUGUUAAGGGGGUGUUUUUAUUUUAAAAGCGAACAGAAAAUGUGUGCAUACUUAGUCCAUCCGUACCCAAUAAGCUUGGUGACCCAAACACGUAUCUCCACGGUAACCCCUGCACCCUAUCCUGUGAAAAAAAAAAACAGUAAUUGGAGGUAGCAUGAAACACUGGAAAUACAAAUUCCUCUGUGAUGGUCUGUAUCAUGUUGGCUAAUGAUAAACGUUUUUCUGUAUAAAAGGCGUGAACGGUUUAGGUUUUUUUUCCAAACUAUUUUGGUGGUGGAUCCAGGAAUUUUCAAAGGGUGGCUCAAUUUGUGCAAACUAUGCCAAAGUCUUCCGCAAGCGUUUGAUUGAUGAAACCUCAAUCCAUAACUAAUAACGUCUUAGAUCUAGCUUAGUAGCCUUUCUUUUUAUGUUUUUAUUCCGUUCCAAAUCCAAAGAAUGCAAAUAGACCAUUUCGAUUGUUCUAUGUUCAUGAAAAGAACAGCGUUUGUCCUAGGCCUUAGCCUCUUUUUUCGAGUCACGUUCAGUUUUCAAAUACUAAAAUACAGGAUUCCUAAAAACGAUUACGAACCAGGUGACGCACUGUACCGAUCUUUUGAGCUCCUAGAGAGGGUGUGUGCAAACUAAUAGAGGCUGUUGUGCAUACCACAGGUGGCCCAAGCUUCGUAUUCGUGCCUAAAUUGAUAUUACGGUAAAAAUUUUACGAAACACAAAAAAGCGAAAAAUAAAGAAAUACUUGCCGAAAAGAAAAAUGAAGUUUAGUAUUGCGUUUUUGUUCACGUUUUGUGUGUUCUCUGGCCAUAUUAAAGCGUCUUUAGUGUUUUUGAAGAAUCCCAAUUCAAAUAAUGUUCGGGACGGAGAGAUCAAUUUAGGCACAAUACGGAGCUUGGGUUACUUUUUUCGCCGAAUGGUAUUUAAAAUCGCGCGCUUUCUUUUCCGGGGACGGAAAAAUCAAGCGCUCCGGCUUUGAGUCUUGCAGCAAUGACUAGAAUUCCGACAGAGCGAGAAAUUCGCACACAAUUGACUUGUCAGUAUUGUCUGAAUGAUGUUGAAAACUUGUUGACAACAAUACAAUGGCCUUCGACAGUAAGAUAAUAUUUUAAUUGUUUUACAUUUAAUGGUGUUGAUUUGCCAGUGACAUCUAGUACGAAAGCAUUUCAAAAUG